CUCUCUGAGCUACUUGGUGGGCGCAGCCCUGGGGUGGGGAUGGGAGGCGGCACCGGGCGGAGCCGGCUGGCCGCCGGCUCCCUACACAACCGCCGGGCACUCGGCUGCGUGACCGUGGGAAUCCUGGCGGGGCUGCCGCAGCCUCCGGUGCGGGGAGCCCGCCCGGCCGGUAGAGCGCGCCGCACUGGAGCCCAUUUUAAAAGCCACGAUUCCCGGAGCUCGCCUUCUUGGGGCAGCCGGGGAAGCCCCAGGACUACCGGCCGGCCGGCGGGAGGCGCUGGGAAAGGGCCUGGCGGCCGCUGUCCCAACCCCCUUGCAACUCCCCGCUAAAAAGAGCCGAUGAGUCACGGGAGGGGGAGGGGAGGGGGCCGCGACCGGAGAGAUUACCUAAGUAAAUAAUAAGUGGCAGUCCCGGCUUUUGCUAGUUUUUCUUUCCUCUUUUCUUUCUUUCUUUCUUUUUGGCAUGUGGAGCUGGGAAUGUCAAGCUGUCUGUGUGGGCGCAGCGGCGGGGUCUUCACUUGAAAUCAGAACCUGGGCUAUGUGAACGAUGUGUCACCCGUCCCCUUCCUCCUCUCCUUUCUGUAGACUAUUUUAAAUCUUUCCCGUUUCCCGGGUCCUCCUUUUUCCCCUCCCCCCUCCCCCGGGGCACGAGGUGACUUCCCAAGGGGACGGGUGCUUAUCUGGGGACUCGUGUCGUGCGCGGUGCGGGCGCAGAGACUCCAUGUCGGGCCAGUCGCUUUGUUUUCAGGGCUGGGGGGCCCUUUCCGAGCUGGUCAGGGUGACACUGAGCCCCUAAGCCUCCCAGGGUGGAUUGUCGUAUCCGGGCUGUGGCCUUGGGCUCGGGCAAUCACCUUCUCGGAGGCCGAAACCCCCGGCGGGCGGGGUCCGAAGCUCCGCGCGGCGCGAGCUGCCCGUGGGACCCAGGUGGGAGGCGAUGCACUUGUACCCCCAGAGAGGGACCCUGUGGGGCCGCGUGUGCAUGUGCGUGUGAGUGAGACAAAAACAGAUGAGAAGCGAGAGGAGGGAGAGGAGGAUAAAUAGAGCGAAGGCUGUUUCAACAACUUUGCGGUGGGCGAGCGCCGGAGCAGGGAUUUCGGGUUUCCGAGCCGGCUUGGGGCUGUCUAAUUAUGUCGGGCUCUGCAGGGACACGCAGGAGGCGAGGUGCCGCUUGUUCCGACACCCCGGCGGGCAGACUGGCAGCGGCGGCUGGGGGAUAGCGAGCCGUGUCAUCCGGGGGGGCGGGGGGCCUCGGGCGGGAGUGGCCCAGCCAGUCAGACGGGUUUGCGCCGGGAGCCGGGAGCCGGUGCCAGCGGCGCCCGGGCUGGGCCGUCUUGCGCCUCUGCGCGCCCCGGGCGGCGUCCCGGCUCCCCCUCCGCGAGCCCCGGCCCCGGAGAGCCGAGGGCAGGGCCCCCGCCGCCGCGGAGUGUCCAGCCCCGGGAGUCCGCGGGAAGCUCGAGCGGCGGCCCGGGCGAGGGCCGGGCCCGGGCGGGGUGCCGGGCCAUGGAAGAGCGGCGCGGGGGCGGCCGGCCGAACCCCGAGCCCCAGGCCCGGCUGCGGAGCGGAGAAGCCCGCGGCCGGAGGCGCCCGGGAAGCAGCUCGGGCGCCGAGAGCCAGACGAACGCCCGGACGCGGGCCCCGGCAGCUCCCGGCCGCGACGCGCGGCCCCCGCGGCAUCCCGAGGACCGUCACGACGGCACCAGCAACGGGACGGCACGGUUGCCCCAACUGGGCACUCCUGAACCCACUGCACGCCCAGCCGCAGCCGCAGCACCCGGGCUGGCCCGGCCAGAGGCAGAGCCAGGAGUCUGGGCUCCUGCACGCGCACCGGGGGCUGCCCCACCAGCUGUCGGGCCUGGAUCCCCGCAGGGACUACCGGCGGCACGAGGACCUCCUGCACGGCCCCCAUGGGCUUGGCUCAGGACUCGGAGACCUCCCGAUCCACUCCUUACCUCACGCCAUCGAGGACGUUCCGCAUGUAGAAGACCCGGGUAUUAACAUCCCAGAUCAAACUGUAAUUAAGAAAGGCCCCGUGUCCCUGUCCAAGUCCAACAGCAACGCCGUCUCCGCCAUCCCCAUCAACAAGGACAACCUCUUCGGCGGCGUCGUGAACCCCAACGAAGUCUUUUGUUCAGUUCCGGGUCGUCUCUCACUCCUCAGCUCCACCUCGAAGUACAAGGUCACGGUGGCGGAAGUACAGCGGCGCCUCUCACCGCCGGAGUGUCUCAACGCUUCCCUGCUGGGCGGAGUGCUGCGGAGGGCGAAGUCUAAAAAUGGAGGAAGAUCUUUAAGAGAAAAACUGGACAAGAUAGGAUUAAAUCUGCCAGCAGGGAGGCGUAAAGCUGCCAAUGUCACCCUGCUUACAUCACUAGUGGAGGGAGAGGCCGUCCACCUCGCCAGGGACUUUGGGUAUGUGUGCGAAACUGAAUUUCCUGCCAAAGCAGUAGCUGAAUUUCUCAACCGACAACAUUCCGAUCCCAAUGAGCAAGUGACAAGAAAAAACAUGCUCCUGGCUACAAAACAGAUAUGCAAGGAGUUCACCGACCUGCUGGCUCAGGACCGAUCUCCCCUGGGGAACUCGAGGCCCAACCCCAUCCUGGAGCCGGGCAUCCAGAGCUGCUUGACCCACUUCAACCUCAUCUCCCACGGCUUCGGAAGCCCGGCGGUGUGCGCCGCGGUCACGGCCCUGCAGAACUAUCUCACCGAGGCCCUCAAGGCCAUGGACAAAAUGUACCUCAGCAACAACCCGAACAGCCACACGGACAGCAGCGCCAAAAGCAGUGACAAAGAGGAGAAACACAGAAAGUGAGGCGCUCUUCCUGCCCCACCCCCUGCCCGCGCCGCCUCCCCGGCCCAGGCCCCGGCGCGCCCACCCACUACAUCUCCAUCUCCAUCGCCAUCAUCUCCAUCAUCUCCAUCAUCGCCAUCAUCGCCAUCUCCAUCUCCAUCACCGCCCCUCCCCCACCACCGAUCACCACCGGCAGGUGACAGCUCCGGGAUCAGCAACCCCCCACUGCUGCUACUGCUGCUGCUGCUGCCGCCGCUGCCGCCACCGCCUUCGGUCCGGAGUCUCGGGGUGCCGGGGACAGCGCUCCACUGUGAGCGGGGCGACCCCGCAGUCUCAGGCCCCGGACCCGGCCCCGGCCCCGACUUCCUCCAUCAGCACCAACUCCCCUUUGCCCUCGUGUGGAGCCUAAGAGAACAGAACAGGCCGUGAAGCCAGCAAAGAAAAGUUCUGUCCGAGUUUGUGAACCCUUUUUUUUUUUUUUAAACUAACAAAUCAACAACGACAACGAAAAAAAUUUAAAACUUUUUUUUUUAGAAAAAAGAACGUAAAAAUUAAAAAAAAAUUAUAUGAGCUUCAUGGGACGGAAUCACCACCUUCUCUUACAUACUUCAGAUUGUAGCCAUACUAAAAAAAAAAAAAAGAAAGAAAAAAAUGGCAAAAAAGGCUAAUGACAUUUUUAUCAGUAUUGUGAAUAAACUUGAACACAGAUACUCGAAGUUCCAUGUCUUGUCUUCAGUUCUAGAAGUUUUCCCUCUUCAAGGUAAAGCGACCAACUUGAACUCUCUCUGGCAACACGAUUCACAGUUCUAUAAGGGAAUCAGUGUUCACGUCUCUGUAUAUAUUUAUUUAUGUGUAAUUUAAUGGGAAUUGUAAAUAUGGUGAGUCUGUUUUAAGCCUUUUUUUUUUUUAAUUUAUCUGGUGAUCUCGUUUACCUCUUGUUUAGUGGGUUUUGAAUCUUCCCUAUUAGUUCUUCAUGUGGUUCAUGGUACUUAUUUAGGAAUCCAAGGUUUGGGGGAUUUUUUUUUUUUCCUCUGGUAUUCAUGAAUUUAGCCCUGUUGUAGCAUGUUAAAGACGACAAUGAAACAGCUGAACAAAUAAAAAAAGUAAAAUAAAAUUUUAUAAAUAAUUAGUAUUACAUUUAGCUUUUCAUUGAACUGAAAGAAAAAAGUGAUAUUGGACCCUGGAAAGAUUUUUAACUUGAGUGGUUUGAUAACCGUUCUAUGUAUUGUGGGGAGAAAAAAGAAAAGUUUAUUUUAUUCCACUGUCCUCCCUUAAAAGCAUCAUUUGAGCAAUAAAUGAGUAUUGUCUUUAAACCGAGGGUUAGGGAUUCCCCCCCCCCUUUUUGUUCAAAGAACUUCAAACAUUUGGGACCACCUGGUAUUCUGUAUUUUCACUGGCCAUUUUGGAAGCAGUUCUAGCUGUAUUGUACUGAGUUGUGCUGGCAGUAGUUUCCAUGCCUGUCAAUGUAUCAUAGUCCUUUGUUGCCCAGAUAAAUAAAUAUUUGAUACGCUUUA